AUGCGUCGGUUCCUCCCUGUGUCAAAAGAUCAAGCAGUCUCCUUACCUCAGGAACCUGUGGCCGCAGUUGCAGGCGCGCCCUACCAGGACCCGGAAGAGAGGCAGAGCUUCUAUACCACUGCCCUCCCUCAAGAGCCAGAAGACCCAUGUUUUCGGCUUUUGUCGCCUUGCCAUGUAACAUCUCCCGCAAAGAACCUAUGUUUACAGAGUUUUUCUCAUAGCCAUGGCCUACCUCAUCUCCCUCUUCCUCCUCCUAACCAUGGAGUGCUCAACUCCGGCUGGGAAAAGCCUUACAAUGAUACUCCCAGUUUAGUGACACUUCCACUUCUUCCGUGUUCUCCGCCUGAACCUGACAUGGUCAAGGGAAGAGAAGAGAUUAUUGAUUUGAACGCCAUAGCAGAAAUCCCAGAAGAAAAAGAUCUCUUGCAGCAGCUGCAGACACCAACAGUAAGCAUUGUUAUCGCACCUCGGCCAGUUCGCCCCCUUGGGUCUAGCAUAAGCGUGGGGUGCAUCAAUGAAGACCCUAGCCUGCCCCUAACAGCUCGAGCCCCGAAAACGCCAGAGGAGGUCGAGCUAGAGGUUGAGUCUGAGGCCUUGCCUGUUGUUAUAUCAGAUUCAAACAACCAGGUUAGAAUGGCAAAUUCUGCUUACAAGGAGAUGGUGGGUCAACCAGAAUGCCCUUGGCUCGACUCGAUGGUGACCAGUGAUGGAAGACUUCCACGUCGCUCGUGCAAGAGAAUCAGUGGGGAGGUGACACUGCUUUGCGAUUCAAGUAUACCGAUUUCAUCAAGUGGGUUUACAUGCUGGGUGAGAAUCGAAUGGAAAACUAACGAAAAAAUCAGCUCACUUAACGCUUUCUGUGACGUCAUCAGAUUAUCCUGCGAAUCCAGGGACUAUCUCUUAAAAUGGAGGUUUCACACUCGCGGUCCCACCAGAGAAGGUUCUCAAUCUAGUUGUAAUGUCUGAAGUGUUACUAUACAUAGUUCUAAACUUUUUAGCAAAGCACCUUGAUAAUCUUCUGUAAUUAUCUCCAUAUAGUAUAUAUGAUUAUAAUAUGUUAGGGAUUAUGUAGAAGUGGAUGUCUCCAUCAUUAACUGCCAAUGUACUAAUUAAGGAAAGCUGUUUACUACAAGAAUAUUGAUAUUGUAUUUAUGAGAUAAUCGCAGUUAUGAUCCAA